GAGAGAGAGCUCCGGAGAGGAGGAGAGGAGAGGGCUGAGCUAACCCACAACAAGCACCACCACGGCCAUCGCAGAUAGGCAGACGGACAGACGGCAGGACGGAUACACGGGUGGGGGCUGUGCUAGGCGGCUCGGCGGCAGGCUGGUGGAAGAUGUCGUCAGGAGCCGGUGGGAGGGGAGGAAGGCGGCUCAGGGGGACAGUGAGCAGCGGGGGUGGAGGAGGGAGAGGAGGGGCGGGAGAGGCGGAGGAAGGUCCUGUGGGGAUCCCUUUCCCUGAACACAGCGCCGACAUCCUGGGCAGCCUGAACAAGCAGCGGCUCAGCGGGCUGCUGUGUGACGUGCUCCUGGUUACCCAGGACCGGGAGUUCCCAGCUCACCGCUCCGUCCUGGCGUCCUGCAGCUCCUACUUCCACAAGCUCUUCACUUCGGGGGCCGCCGCCGACCAACAGAACAUCUACAACAUCGACUUUGUGGCAGCGGAGGCCCUGGGAGCGUUGCUGGACUUUGCCUACACAGCCACAUUGACAGUCAGUCACAGCAGCGUGGCUGACAUCCUUGCUGCUGCACGCCUCCUGGAAAUCACACCUGUCCAGGAAGUCUGUACACACCUGCUGGACACCAAAGUGCUCUCCCCGCCGGCGGGCAGUGAGCGAAGAGAUGAAGACGAAGAUGAGGAGGGGAAAGGCAGAGGAGGCAGGGAGCAGGGGAACCGGGUGCGGGCCCGGGAGUACCUGGAGUACUUCCAGAGAGGGGCGCACUGGAGCAGCAGCUGCAGCACGCCAGAGCUCAGGGACCUGCCCACACACCUGCACUUUAACCACGGUAAUGGCGGCGCCCCCAGUAACGGGGCUCCUGCUGGCCCCGGUGAGUACUACUCCCCCCUGGCCCUUGCCUUGUCCCAGGCCCCGACACAGGAACCAGAGGAAGAGGAUGAGGACGAAGAGGAAGACGAGGAAGGGGAGGCAGUACAGCGCAAUGGAGCAAGCCAGGGGUCGUCAUACUACCCUCCAUCCCAAAAUGGGCACUUCUACCUCCCCCCCGAGUCCAGGCUGGGGCCGGAGACCGAAGUGGAGGAUGGUGGUAGGGAGGCGAUGGUGAGGGAGAGGGGCUCAGCCAGCGCCCUCCUGCAGCAGAUGAUGGACUCCAUCGAAAGGCAGAAGGAGCGUGCAACGACUGGGGAGGAACAGGGAGAUGGGGAUGACCCCGACAUGGAAUUUUACUUGAAUUAUUUUAGCAGCGCGCAGCAUGAGGAUACAGCUUCUGCUGCUGUAACACAGGGAGUGCCAUCGCUCUGGUUAUCACGAGGCAGUACAGGCCAAGGCAGAGUAGGAGGGGAGAGGGGGGUUGGAGAGCGAGGCAGUGGGGGUGGAGGAGAGAGGAAGAUGCGCUCUAAGGCUUUCCAGAAGUGCCCCAUAUGCUCCAAGGUCAUUCAAGGAGCAGGCAAGCUACCCCGCCACAUCAGAACGCACACGGGAGAGAAACCCUAUGAAUGCGCCAUCUGCAAAGUGCGCUUUACCAGGCAGGACAAGCUCAAGGUUCAUAUGCGGAAGCAUACAGGAGAGAAGCCUUACCUGUGUACACAAUGUGGAGCUGCCUUUGCUCACAACUACGACCUGAAGAACCACAUGCGUGUACACACUGGCCUGCGCCCCUAUCAAUGCUCAAGCUGCUUUAAGACUUUCGUGCGCUCGGAUCACCUGCAUCGCCACCUCAAGAAGGACGGCUGCAACGGCAUCCCUUCUCGCCGAGGCCGAAAACCACGGGUGAGAGAGCAAGGGCUCCUCGAGGCCCCACUAGGCCUGCUGAGUCCCGGCUCCGACACGGGCCCCGGGCCUCGCACCAUCAGGGGACGGCGGCGCUCUGAGGCAACCUCAGCAACGGAGGUGGAGGGUGCUGCUGGAGCACAUGCACAGAGUCCUCAGCUGCAGGAGCUGGCAGGGGAGGCAGGGCCCUGAGACUGCAGGGGCGACAAGGACACUGCUGGACACCAUAGUCACUCUGCACCGCCUGUGAGACAGGCCAGUGGACAGAGAGGAGAAAAAACAUGCAAAGGCAAUUAAUAAAAAAAAAAAACAACAAAACAACUAACUAUUCCUCUAUAAACCAAAUCAGGGUGUCACAAAAAUCUAAUCUUUAUAUUUCUUUCUCCUAUUACUUUAGGAAACGGAGUAGACUUGCAAGCACUUGAGUUGGUUUAUUUGUUAAAGAGCAAAGAACGCUUCAAAUCAUCCACCCAUGAUGUCCACUUUCUGGACCAUUUCUUUCUUUGUAAUAUUAGGGGUUUUAUACAUUGGCAUAUGUGCUUAGGCAAAUGUAUGAUAGAUACAAAGAAACUCUGAGCAACUAUGCAGUUGAUUUAGAUUUUUAUUGGUUUUGUCCUCACAGCCUUCAAGCUCUAAGAAAGGUGUCUGUCAAGCACCUUCUGGCUGCUGUACGGGUGAAGCGAGGACAAAUCCUCCCAGUGAAAACAACUCCUUUUCUAUUCUUUUGCAGGUCUGAAAUGUACAGUUACCAUAGAAACAACAUUGCCACAAUAUGGCAUAUGCAAGGAAAACUCACCACAGUUUUGAUGCAACAGUUUUUUCCUCUCUAAAUGUUCCAGAAAGAAUCAGGCAAGGGUUUGAUUGAAGUGUUACUUACUCUAUAAAAAUGCAUUUUAAGAAUCUAUGGUUUGUCUUAUUGAGAAACAAAUUCACGUUGAGUCGAAUCCACUUUAACGGGGGCUCGCCAAUUGCAGGACUAGGGAGUACGAGGGGUGGAGGGUUUGUGUUUUUAAAGCACUACCAUUGUCAAUGUAUCUGUUGGCUUUACUACGUUGCCUCUUAUCCCUCACAACCCUGCAAUGUCAGCAUUUUUGUUUUCCCUUUUGAUUUUGUCUUAAUUUUUUUUUGUUUUUUCGUCGUCGUUCCUUUUUGUUGACUGCUUCGGGUACUUGACACUUUAUAAUUGUAUACAUGUAUAUACAGCAGGUGGUGAUGUGACAUUGGCCCCCCUCUUAAUGCUGAGGUGUACUUACCAAUCGCGUUUUUUUUUUUUCUCUUAGGCUUGAUGUCAUAUUUCUCACAGAGUGAAGCUUGUGGGUGAACGAAACAAAACUGUAUGAAUGUUCGCUGAAAACAAACGAGGAAAAAAAAAAAAAAAAAAACAUUGAGUCACCCAUCUGUCCUAAACUUAACACUUGACAUGUAUAGUUCCUGCCCAAAGGAUGAGGAGGUCGGAUGAAUGAAUGUGCUUAACUUUUGUGCAGUUUUUUCGGAAUCUGUCCUUGUGUGACAAGGCGCGGGUAGCAUUUAACCAAUCACAGGUUAAAGGACUGGCAGGGAGCCCGAGUGAGAGAGUGACAAAAAGAGUACGAAGAAGAGAUAGAUGAGCACCUUUUUUUCUAUGUUUGCACAGCUUUACUAAAGAUAUCCAACAGAGUGAGAGAGAGGUAUAUUUAAAGGAAGUGGGUUGUUGUUGUUGGGGGAGGGAGUGAGAGGAGGUUUAUGUAUCACGCUUAUUCCAAUCUUUUUGCCCUGGGGACCACACAACCGUAAGGCAACCUGUAUGAUGAAGAGAGCAAUAAAUACCUGUCCAAGUUGGGAGGCCAAAUAGGAGCGCAGCUGCAGCUGGUUGAUGUGGGGCGGGGGGGUGGUGGAGGGGAACAAGAGGAAGGGGAGGGGGAUCUCACAAUGUCUGUUGCAUUCCAAAAAAUAAUCUCCCCCAGCUCAGCCACGUUUCCAGGCAGGAGGGGAUCAAAUCAGGCCUUUUUCUCUCCCUCUCGCUCUCCCUCUGUAGUCCUCUAAUGCCCCCGAACCAGCCUGGAGGGGAUAUUAUUAUAUUAGAGCCUGGUGUUACUGUGGGGAGGACGCCUGGUGCUGGCAGUCUAGUGUGCGAGUGUGUUUACAUGUACGUGUGUUGGCGUGCAUGUGUGUGUGUGUGUGUGUGUGUGCGUGGCAGCAGCCAGGGUCCCUCUGGCCACAUCAUCAGUGUGUGAGUCAGCCACAGCUUGUUCAAACAUGCACCCUGAGCUGCCAGCCCCAAUGCACUUUCUCUCACACUGGCUGGGUCCAGGUAUCCUGUAGAGGAAGGGGGAAAACACCAGAGCUGACAUAUCGGUUCCAAUAUUGCCAGUGACUCCAUACAUCUGGAUUUGCUAGUCUUAAAAUAUCCAAGUUGUGUUGUUGCGCUCGAAAUCCGAUGUUGUUAUUUCCAUACUGAGCUGAAUGAGUCAAGAGAACAUGCAUGCAAGUUUGAGUCCCCCCUUCCCCGCCCUCCCUCGGCCCACCUUAUGAUUCCUGCAGUAGUGCUGUAGUCCAACUAUCAGUCCUUUCGCACCUUAAUUGGAAAGAGGCAGGUUAUGAAUGCACUUUGUUACUGAGGAGGGCACUUUUGUCAACGAAACGGGUACUUUGAAACAAACCAGUUGCAAAUGAGAUCAGUCCUUGUGUUUUUUUUUCCUCUGUCCACGGUGGUGAAGUUGAGCUCCUUCACUGGUUUUGUUCAGGUUUUGACGACAAGCUGCCAAAAAAAGAAAAAGAUAAAAAGUAAAAGAACAAAAAAAAAAAUAAUCAUGUUGGGUUUGGCGACCUAAAAAGAAAAAAAAAAAACGACUAAAUUAAUCCAUGUAACUGAAUGCACUUGAAGUUAGUUGUUGAAAAAGAUCUACAGUGAUUGUCUUUAUGUCUUAAUGUAAAGUAAGGGGGUUGAAUGAGGCGCUAGGCGAAGAAGGGAUGCUGUGUGUGUGUAUGCAUGCAUUUUUGUUUUGCAUGCAUGUGCACAGGCAUGCAUUGCUGGCUGGCAGGCUGGAGGGUCUCAGGACAACCCUGGAUAAACAAACACCGUGUCUACCCCAUCUGUUCACCAGCUAGUCUCAUAACUACGCGUGUUCUCCGAGGAACCGCGGUGAUAAUAGGUCCACGGUACCACAGAAGCAAAAAUACCAUAUUGUAAAACAACACAUUGGACAGUUGCUUGUUUACUUCACAGCUCUCUCGGUGCAGAUUUGCAUAACUCUUUGUUUACCCUUGUCGGUCAUAGUCGGCUCGGCUAUGUCUUGAGAGUCUUAGUUUCUAUUUUUUUUUUCUUCUUUGUUAUGACAAAGAUGGGGUUUGUUAUUGCACAGUUUGACUCCCACAGGCAGACCAGUGUAAGCUGGGUAAUCUAAUGUCUACCUGGUUUGUGAUCUUAAUGUUCAGUGGUACUUGGCGUGGACUGCUUAAACCCACUUUGUUCCGAUGCGGCAGAGUUUGUAACCUGUCAAGACCUGUGAGCCAUCUUAAACACAACAUUUCUUUGGACCUUAAUGCUUCCCUGAAUGUCUUACGUUGUUUGUUGAUUAACCAAAGCUUUUUCGCCCUCCAUCUUAGUCUGCAGUAGACUAGAGAUUUUGAAACAUAAUUUAUCCAGACUGGGCCUCCCUGACUAAGCCGCACACGGAUGCCCUCCUCUUGAAUACAUAUGCAGACAUGUGUGUGGAAUCAUACAGAUAUUUACUUGAGUUCACUUCCUCUCACUCUUUGUAUCCUUGUGGACAAUAGAAUCAGAGGUUUAAGGAUGUAUAGCUUUUUCUGUCUGUCUACACUUCUUAAAAUAACGUGUUGUGCUACAGCUGUUUUUUUUUUUCUAACAAUUUUACAUGGCUGUGCGCGUGUGUGGAUGCUCGUAUGCGUGUAUGUAUGUGUGAGAGGUGGGGGUUUUUUGGGGGGGGGGGUUCUUGGUUUUUGGGAUGCUGUGCCAGGAGGGUGGGCUAAAUGGGUGCUUGGGUGGGGUUAUGGAUAAAAGCCUGAUAGCACUGGAAAUGGUGCUUUAGCUGAGAGAGCAAAAGUUUGCACUAAUGUUAAAUGUCCUUGUCCUGCUUAUGGGAGAAGGACAGGAGACCUCAGAAAGGCCUGCGAGUUUCCAUGAGCACAGAGCAGUGUGGUUAAUACUCAAUGGUCUCAUCAAGAGUCCAUCCAACCCCUCCAUAGAAAUAAUCAUGUACAGUGUAUUAAGAACAUACAGACGUCCAGCAAAUACAAAUACCAAAGGAGAAAAAAAUAAAAUAAAAGAAAGACUUUCAUUCAAGUCACUGGGCAUUUUAAGCUACCGAUCUAAUGUUGGAUUAUUAGAGUUUUAUUGUUUAAUCUGAAGGCUCUUGAAAAGAGAUUCUGGAUGUAAAAAAUUUUUGUUUUGAUGGAAGCAAAUCAUAUUUAAAAAAUAUUCCAAAUGUAUAACAUUUAAGCAAGCAGCAAAACUUCUCCGAGAACAUUUGAAAUCAUGGUCCUGAUCUGACGGCUGAGAUGUGCUGUGUGAAGGUGCCAGAGAUACUGAUUCCAAUUCUCUUUUAUUUUUGUUUGUUUUCUUUCCUUUUUUCUUUUCUUUUUUUUUUUAAAUUCAGAGAUGGGAUUUGUGUCUCCUGCAUGGAUAAUCAAUGAUGAUAUGUAAUGUUAUUUUCAAACACUGUUUUCUUGAUCACUGCUGAAUUGGAUGAUUUCAGUCGACUUUCUGCAAAGGUGGAACUGAAUUUAAAUGUUCUCUAAUUGAAACCGACUGUGACUCUGUGGCCUCGUCUGGACAGCACUAAGCUUGUUGUGUUUUUUUUUUACGUUUCCAGACAGUCGUAUUGUGCAGUGUGGGGCUGAGGCUCGCUCCCGCCAGAUGGAAAAAUGCAGCAUCAAGGGCCACUGUGUGCCUUAUGUGGACAGGGAUUGACAAAACUCAUACCUUUUGUUGUUUUUAUUUUUAUUUAAUUUUUAUUUUUUUAACCAUAAACCAUUUUCUUGCCACAUUUUAGACCAAAUUGUAAAAAAAA